AUGGGCCGUGGAAGGCUGAAGAUGGAACUGAUAGCGAACGAACGAGCUCGAAAAACAACUUUUCAGAAGAGAAGGAAGGGCAUGAUGAAGAAGGCCUACGAGUUUUCAACUCUUUGCGAAUUAGAUGUCUGCAUGGUCAUCUAUGGCCCUAAACAGACUGAUCGGCCUCCUGAACUCCACACGUGGCCCGAAAACCGCGACGAGGUUGACCGCAUAAUCAACAAGUACAAGGCCAGCAUCAUGCGCAAACCAGCCAAGAAAACCUUUGAUUUGUCUGACUUGUUGAGGGACCGAAAAACCAAGGUCCAUGUUGACAUCUACAGAGCGCGGAAGGAGAUGUAUGAGGCCAAGUAUCCAACAUGUGAUGAACGUAUUGAAAGUUUCUCCGAAAAUCAACUGGAGGCGCUUCUGAAUACGUUGGACACAAAGCUCGAGUCUGGCAAGAGAACAUUACUUAACAAGAGGAAACAAUCAGCUGAAUGCCAUCAGCAUCAAAUACAUUACAUGGGAAAAGCAGCACCAACCAAAAUAAUGUUGAUGGGUGGAAACCCUAAUAAUAAUAUCACUGGUGAAUCAUCAAGUCAAAAGCAGCCUUUCGUCUGA